UGGCACACCACCCAACACGACCCGCCAUCGUCGACACUUUUAUGGUGGCGAUCUGGGCAGUCAUGGAAUACCCACAGUCUCCUGAACCUCCCGCGAAGAGGAGACGCUUCUUUGCCGCCUCGGACGACGACGUGUUGAGCCAUCGGUCCAGCCCGGUGCUGCCCACCCCGCCAACGCAGCUGAAGCAGCGAUUCUUCCAAGAUGUCGACGAUCAAUCGCCCCAAAUCAAAAGUGAAGAUGUUGAACCCCCAUCUUCGCCAUCGAAACCACGGGGACCGCUUGUAGAACAGCCAGUCGACGAUGCCUCCAACCGGUCCGGCCCGUCUGCAGAUGCGCAGCGCGAAGAGUCUGCCAUGACUUUCGACCAGGAGACAUUUGAGAGCUUCAUAGGAGACAAGGUUACGGCGGAAGUGCUGGAUGUAAUCCGUGACAGCUGCGACAACAAUCUCGAGCGAGCUGUCAAUAUGUACUUCGAUGGCACGUGGAAGAACCUCAAGAAGAAAUCUCCGUCUCUCAAUGCUAUUUCUCUACCACCACCAGCCGCAAGAGCGAACAACACGAAGCAAGAUUCUCCCAUGGAGGAUGCGCCAAAGCCGGUGAACAGACGCACAAUGCCCGAGGCAAGAUAUAUCGGAUCUCUCGGUGUCGAGGGCUGGGCCACACGAAGUGGAGCAAACCUGCUUAACCACGGAGAUGUAGUCAGAAUCGAACGGCAAAAGAUCCAACCACCAAAGUCCAAGCUGAAUACCAAGUUCGGCGUCGCAAACGCCCCUCAGCGUGGACCAGCUCCGGGCUCAAAGCGAAACGACGUAUUAGUGCGAUUUACAAACAGUAGCGGGUCCGAGAUUGGCAGGUUGGAGAAAGAAACAGCUGAAUGGGUCUCGACGUUGAUGGACCAGCAGAUAUGCAGGUUCGAGGGUACCUGCGUAUACGCCCCUGAGCGUCUGCGAACAAACGACACUGUCUUUAUCCAGUUGAAGUGUUAUCUUCUAGCAGCAGCAUUCCGUCGGCCCGGGUUCAAGGUGUCAGACAAUAGGGCGGCCGGUUUCUUCGAGGAAAAAGAGUCGACCGAGGAGAAGGAGCUGCGCCUCAGGCAAGUGGCGCUGGUGAAGCUCUUUUCUGAAAUCAACCUCGAACCCACGCGAGCUAAUGCCACUGCGUCGAAACACCAGCGACAAGGCUUGCUGCAGGCUGCAGAGAUGGAUGAGAAGAAGGAGAAAGACCCCGCCAAGCCAAGCGACAAAGCGCCGGGAUCGUCGCCCCCUUCAGACGAACAAGAGGAAGGCGAAGAGCUGGAGCAGGACCAGCUUGAUGCUCUUUAUCGCAAGGCCCAGUCAUUCGACUUCAACACACCCGAAGCGGAGCCUGCCGAUACCUUCGCCAUGAACCUGAGACCCUACCAGAAGCAAGCGUUGCACUGGAUGAUGACGAAGGAGAAGGACCAGAAGAGCAACAGGGAGCCAAGCAUGCAUCCCCUGUGGGAGGAAUAUACAUGGCCACUCAAGGACACCGACGAAAAGGAGCUUCCUCAGGUCCAUGAUCAGCAACAUUUCUAUGUCAACCCAUACUCGGGAGACCUUUCUCUCGAUUUUCCUGUUCAAGAGCAAAACUGCCUUGGCGGUAUCUUGGCCGACGAGAUGGGUCUCGGCAAGACCAUCCAGAUGCUCAGUUUGGUACACACCCACCGCUCCGACUUCGCGCAGCAAGCCAAGGCGAUGGGCAGUGUUCCCACGUCCGUCAACGAGCUUCCAAGACUUGCGUCCAACUCAUCAAGCGUGCUAAACGCCCCAUGUACAACACUCGUCGUGGCACCAAUGUCGUUGUUAGCUCAGUGGCAGAGCGAGGCAGAGAAGGCCUCGAAAGAAGGCACUCUCAAGGCCAUGGUGUACUACGGCAACGAAAAGGCCAACAACCUCCAGGCCGUGUGCUGCGCCGCAAGCGCAGCAUCUGCGCCUGACGUGGUCAUUACCAGUUAUGGUGUGGUUUUGUCAGAGUUCAACCAGGUUGCGGCUAAGAAGGGUGACAAGUCGUCUCAUAUCGGAUUAUUCUCGCUGAACUUCUUCCGCGUCAUUCUGGACGAGGGCCACCUCAUCAAGAACCGACAGUCGAAAACUGCCAAAGCGUGUUAUGAAAUAUCUGCCGAGCACAGAUGGGUGCUGACUGGAACGCCAAUCGUCAACAAGUUGGAGGAUCUGUUCAGCCUGGUUCGUUUCCUUCGUGUGGAGCCUUGGAACAACUUUUCGUUCUGGAAGACUUUCAUCACAGUCCCCUUCGAGUCCAAGGACUUUAUGAGGGCACUUGAUGUGGUGCAGACAGUGCUGGAGCCAUUAGUUCUCAGACGUACCAAAGACAUGAAGACGCCUGAUGGCCAGCCACUGGUACCACUUCCACCGAAACAUGUCGAAAUCGUCGAUGUCGAGCUCAGUCAGACAGAACGAGAGAUCUACGACUACAUUUUUACGAGAGCCAAGCAAUCGUUCAGGGAGAAUGUGGAAGCAGGCACGGUCAUGAAAGCGUUUACUAGCAUUUUUGCUCACAUUUUGCGCCUACGCCAAUCUUGUUGUCAUCCGGUUUUGGUGCGAAACAAGGAGCUUGUCGCGGACGAGGUAGAAGCUGGAGCUGCGGCUGAUAUGGCUGCCGGCCUUGCGGACGACAUGGACCUAGGUUCCCUGAUUGAACAUUUCACAGCAGCGGUAUCCGAAUCGGAAUCCAACACAGCUGCGUUUGGAGCGCAUAUCCUCGGCCAGAUCCGCGACGAGGCCGAGAGCGAGUGCCCGAUUUGUGCCGAAGAGCCCAUGGUUGAGCAGACGGUCACUGGAUGCUGGCACUCUGCUUGCAAGAAGUGCCUUCUGGACUACAUGAAGCAUCAGACAGAUCGGCAUAAGGUGCCGACCUGCCCCAACUGCCGAGCCGAGAUCAACUAUCGCGACCUAUUCGAGGUUGUUCGCCACGACGACGAUCCGGACGUGUUCAAGAAGUCUAAGAUUAGUCUACAGCGCUUGGGCGUGAAUAACUCCUCAGCCAAAGUCGUGACCUUGAUCAAGUCCCUGCGUGACCUGAGAAAAGAGCAACCGCGGGUCAAGUCUGUCGUCUUCAGCCAGUUUACAUCGUUCCUGACGUUGAUUGAGCCGGCUUUGGCGCGAGUCAACAUCAAGUUCCUCCGCCUCGACGGAUCCAUGGCGCAGAAGGCUCGCGCGGCGGUCCUCACUGAGUUCCAAGAGUCAACAACGUUUACCGUGCUGCUCAUCAGUCUCCGCGCUGGUGGUGUGGGGCUGAACUUGACAUCAGCAAAGAGAGUGUAUAUGAUGGACCCCUGGUGGAGUUUUGCGGUCGAGGCUCAGGCGAUUGAUCGCGUGCAUCGCAUGGGUCAAGAUGAGGAAGUCAAGGUGUUCCGCUUCAUCGUCAAGGGGAGCGUGGAGGAGAGGAUGCUUCGGGUCCAGGAUCGGAAGAAGUUUAUUGCUACGUCUCUUGGAAUGAUGAGCGACGAGGAGAAGAAGCUUGCACGGAUCGAGGAUAUCAAGGAGCUUCUCAGCUAAGUGCGAAGUUUCGCGUAAUGGUUCUCAUGGCUGGCAUAUGUGCAUGUAUACAAGGCGUUCGUGGGGAAACAAUGCCGGAGAUGGCAGGAUCAAUGAUAAACAUAGUGUACAUAGUGCUAGGAACCGGUGAAAGAGCUCGGUGCAGCACGACCUUGCCGGUAAAUACGGCGCAAGCAUCUUUAAAUGGACAUAUUCGAACUCG